AUGCGCGGCGGGCUGACAAACACCGAGCAGGCUCAAAAGGCGGCUGCAGAAGAAGCGCAGCGCCAGCAUGAGUCGCAGAUCCUCUUUCUCAUCUUCAUGGGCGUCGUGGGUGGCUGCUGCCUCGUCAUCGUCCUUCUGUUGCUCGCCGUCCACCUGCGAGAGUGGGGGCCAGACCUGUGCCUCGAGAUCAAGCUGUGCUUCACUCGGUGCUGUGGGACGCGCAAGCGCAAUGCUCAGAGCGACUGCGAGGCACAGGCGACCAGCACAUCGGGUGGGAAGACGCAUGAGAUGGGUGACCUGCCAUCGCCAGCCGCAUACCCCCGAUGCCUCGAGGUGGCGGUGUCCCGAUCCAACCGAGUGACGCCCUUCUCCUCCAACAUCUUUGCGCCUAUGAACUCCAACUCGGCCGCGGAAGAGAUCUUGCGUCUGAUGCAGGAGGCUGCAGCCGAGAAGGCACGGAAGAAGGCCGAAGAAAAAGCCGAGACUGAGCACGAUGAAAAGAUAGCCACCAUCGUUAUCGGCACUCUUUGUGGAGUGGCAUUCACCGCCAUUUGUCUUCUCUGCGUGUGCCUAAACUGGUCAAACUGGUGGGGCCACAUUCAGCGAUUCUUCGCGGGGCUCGCAUGCGGCUGCAGGCGUCGGCGGGCGCGGACCGAUUGCGAACAGGGGCCCGACGCCACCCCGGCAAUCGAUAAGGAGGGAACUGCACCCCACUUCGUGGCGCGUGCCUGUGGCCAGAACGAGCUUGCCCUUGAUCAUCCCAGUCGUGCGUCCAUCGCGCCCUCGCAUGACUCGGACGCGACUGCAGUGGCAGACGCGCAGACGUCGGCCCAUGUUGCGACGCACCCCACUGUCGCCCAAGACCACCAUGCAAGCGACUACAACGAGAAGAACAUUCAGUCCGAGCAGGAAACGAAGGAGGCUAAGGACGAGAGCACCCACGCCACGGUCGAUUCCUACCACAACUAA